UUGCAUCCAAUUUUUCUCAAUUGGAGGAAAAAAAGGUAAAUAAAAACCGAACACAAUGGUUAGGUAAUUUAUCCAUUUCCAAUUCCAGUUAAAGGAUACGUAGUAGACCUUGGAGCAGUGAGAUAUCGACACAUGAUAUUUGUUAGCGUGAAGCGACUUCAAAUUAAGCUUUAGUAGGCUUUGUCGAGAGUUCUGGAUAAUUGUCAGUAGUGGUGAUCAUUUCCACACCAAAAUGAUACCAAUUUUGCGAGUGACGUCCAUCGUCUGGAUCUUGCUAUUGAUUGUGUCAACUCAACACGUUAGCUUUCUCAAGACAAGUGGUGAAACUUUAACUUCAACUAGUUCUGGUUACGUUUUAAACCAAGAAAUGAACAUCCAGCAAUCUAGUAUUACCAGCUUCCAAUGGUGCACAAACCCCCAAGAAGCCGUUUCAAGAAAACAACCCCAAUUACCGGCACACAGACAAAGGACCGGUAGUAAAUUGAUAGAGUGCUACUUUGAAGGCUCUUCUGUGCAAUCAUUUAACCGCAAACAGGUCGACAUGCAAUCUGCUUCGGACGUCGUACUUCACCAAGGUUCACUCAGCACUUCUAUCCCCGCAUGUACACUUUCGUAUCAAUCAGCGCAAUGCGAUGCGCUAGAACUGAUGCCGGUAAGAAACGAACAGCCCGGUAAUGAUGGAAGAAAGUUUCCUGGAAUUAAUGGUGAGUGUUUUGUAGCGCUGCUGUACCAGGACGGUAUGUAUCGAUGUACCGGUUGCUACCAAAUUGGACUCCGUUUCACUGCAGGAACGUUCGACAGGAGAAUGAACUCCCGUGACCGAGCGGCGUCAUCGUUGAAGUUGUGGAUUUGUGACAUGAAAUGGUGUACCGAGUGCGCUUUCCGGGCAAUGCAGUCGGUAAACGAUGCACACCGUGCCGAAGGGCCUGACCAAAGUGUAGCCGAGACGAUUGCCAGUCCCACAAAUAGAGGCGGAUUGCGUGGUAUUGCGCACCUGUCUCGAGAAACAGAACCAGCGCAAAACUUGAAAAAGCUUCAAAACCACUUCAACACACAGAUAGGAACCGCUUACGUUUUCAUCUUGUCCACCGAACAACCCAAGAUUCAUGCAACAGAUGGACAACGAUACGGCGAAGUGUCCUCGUGGGAAUCGCCCGAAGGAUAUUGGUUUCGGACCAAGCGAAUUGAUAAACGGAAACAAUCUGAAGCCGUGUCUGAUAGCAACUUUUUGGACAAUUUUGAUGCGAUGGCCGUGUGGAACAUGUGUCACAUGCCUGAGAUGAAGCUGUGCACGGUAAAUACCCUCGAGAGUCAUCCGAACCGUAUAAUGGAUGUGGUAUUGUCAACGAACGAUAGUAUUCGUAUCAACGGAACGGAUCACACGUCAAUGGAAGAGUAUGUACUCUACAAUUGUAGCGUAGGUGCUUCGAGCCUAGGGGAACGUAUCGUUGGUGGAAGAAAUGCCGACAUGGACGAUGCUCCGUUUCUCGUAUCGUUAAGAAAUCUUUACCACGAGCAUCGAUAUGGCUUUGGCAGUGGGUUAGUUUGCGGUGGGUCACUGAUUAGUGCCGACCGCGUACUGACCGCAGCGCACUGUUUUACGACGAAAGCGUCCAACAUGGGUGUAGUGGCCGGUAUACUGAAUCGGUUCGAUCGAUCCGAACGUAUGCAGCAGCGUCGGGUAUUCCGAUACCUGGCCCAUCCGUACUGGAACUCAAGGACAAUGUACGGCGAUAUCGGGCUCAUAUCGUUGCGAGCCCCGUUCCACUUCAGUGUUCCCUUUAGCUCCGGCAAUUUAAUGCCGAUUGAGCUGACAGCCCAAAGACCGAACACAGGUGAGCGCUGUACCAUCUACGGUUGGGGGCAAACGCAAGAAGGUCGAAACCAAUUCAAGCCCGUCUGUCUCCAGAAGGCUGAUGUAACCGUGCUGGAGCUGGAGCGGUGCAAUCGUUCCCUGAGCAGGGUUAUAAACGUUCCGGACGGUUCGUUCUGUGCCGGUAGCUUCGCUGGUGGAGUCGACUCCUGUCAGGGCGAUUCCGGUGGUCCGCUGGUCUGUGGCGGUGCACUUUAUGGAGUCGUUAGUUUCGGUUGGGGCUGCGGGAGAUCUCAUUUUCCCGGCGUCUAUACCGAUGUGUUCGUGCAUCGCCGCUGGAUUGAAGCAUCGAUGGACAGCGAUCCGCGUACGUGGAACGGUGCCGUACUAGCGUACGGGAGUUACCCGGGAUGGCGUACUGUUCUGGGUGUAAUAAUAAUGUUUAGCACCGUACUGCUGUCGUAAAACGUCUAACCGGUGCGGGUGUCGAGUCCAUUUUCUUCGAAUUGAGUGUUUGAGGGCGGCGUAUAGAGCGUAUAAGGAACUGUCAAUUAUUCCGCCGAGAGUUAAACAUCCACCCCGGGUAACACCGAGAAAAUGGUCAGUAAAGUGUGAUGAUUCACAAAUGGUGUAUUUCGGUUGCAAUACUUCAAUGUACGUUAAUAUUUUGACACAGCGCAAUCAUUAUGUGCAAGAGUCAGGUAUUUAUUUCUUUUGAAACGGAAGGAAAAAAACCGAAAAUGUCCCUUCGAGUGAGGAAAUAGCAUACGAUGGAGAUGAAAUUUUAGAACCCACAAUAACCUGGCUAAUGAUAUUUAUAGUCUAAUUCCAUAUCGGUGUGGCAAAGGGAUACCACCUUACCUGACCAUCACACCAACUUUAACUAUUCCACUUAAUUAGUUUUAGUUUUACGAGCCCAACCACCCAUGAUAUAAGCAUGACUGUGAACGGUGGCCAUGAGGGUAGUUGUUAUGGGACCAAGCAAAACUAACCUACAGCGUGUACAUUGUCACUGGUAGUUACAGUAGUUUGCAUCGGUCGUUUGAUGCCACGGGCCGGUUAG